CACUCAUGCACAUAACGUCUGCUGACAACAAACCUGACCUCCUGAGGAAUCUGGUGCCUUUCUUCCCCCCUCCUUACAUCUCAGAGAACUGCAACAAUCGGGUAAACAUGAAGCCCAAGUCUCUUCCAUCCAGGCUGUUUCAGAGAGAUUCACCUGCAACAGCAUCAGGCAAGAGUCCCAGCAGAAGUGCAGCAAAGUAUGAGCGGCAUGUGGACUGCGUUGAUCACCCAGAGCUGCUGGAUCCAUCUUUGUCCAACGACGGGCAGCAAACAGCUGACAGCAACAGGCAACACGAGAAGUGCCACAGAGAAACACUUUUCGCCUUCCUGCCAGAGAGGUACGAGCCACUGGUGGAUGAUGAGGCGAAAGCCAAGGCAAAAGAAGAGAAGAAGAAAAAGAAGAAGGAAAACUACAAAAAAGUCAAGAAGAAUGUCGGCAAGGCGCUGCGUUCCACAUGGAAGUGUUUGAUGCUUGGUCUCUACAGCUUUGCUCUCGGAUACUCCACUCCCAUCACGGUGGCUGCUACUUUUGUCCCUGACUUUCACCCGAGCAGGAACAGGACCUGAUUCGAGCUCUGUCGAUCUCCUCCACUUUGUUUUCAUACUAUAUAUACCAGUAACUCGCAGACUCUUACCAAAGACUUUAAAAGUGUGAAUAAUGAUUGUGCAAUUCAGAUUACAUUUUCAAAUUCCCUGCUUUUGCAGAUCUUACAAGAUCUACUGCAUGGUCAUAUUUGCAGAAAUAUGCAAGAUCAUAAAAUCUUAUUAAGUAUUAGGUUAACUACUGAAAACACUUGUUUUUAAAUCAAGUGUCUGCAUGUGUUCAAAGGGAUUAUGUGGGCAUGUGGAAACUAUAGCAGGGCAGCAAUAACAGGAAUAUUCACCGUAGCUGCAGGUGAGGUGAGUCAGGCCAGAGACCUCUUUAAGGGAUUUGCAAGCAGGAAAGACUCAACAAGGAGGUGAUUAUCAGUAAUACUGGAAGAGCAAGUAAACAGAAAGGAACCGGCCCAGUCCUUUUCUGGGUGACACAACUUAGGUGCUUUUUGGUGUACAAAUUCUGCUGUGAAACAAGGACAUUAACUAAAACU